GGAUACUAUUUCCGUUAUUUAGCCUGACUUCCGGUUAGCUAGUUUUCGACUUCGCAGAGUCGGCAACCUUAUCUAACAAUAGUGUAUUGAUCGUAUUGUGUUAGUUGUAUAAUAAUUUGAUCGUUGAGGAGGUAAUAAUGUCGGGGGGAACUCGCCUAGAAAACGCCAAUCCUCUGAUAUUUCAGCGAUCGGGGGAAAGACUCCUGACUGCCACUGAUGAAGAUGAAGAUGUCGCGGAUCCCAUCGAUGACAGAGAGAUCUUCGAUCUGAUCAGAUCGAUCAAUGACCCGGAGCACCCGCUGUCCCUCGAAGAGCUGAAUGUCGUGGAACAAAUGCGCGUCAAUGUGAAUGAUCGGGAGAGCAUGGUGUCUGUGGAGUUCACACCGACCAUCCCACACUGCAGUAUGGCCACACUCAUUGGCCUGUCCAUCAAAGUCAAGCUUCUGCGCUCCCUUCCUGACAGAUUUAAGAUUGAUGUCCACAUCACUCCUGGCACACAUGCCUCAGAGGAUGCAGUCAAUAAGCAGCUUGCAGACAAAGAGAGAGUGGCAGCAGCUCUGGAGAACUCUCAGCUGCUGGAGGUGGUCAACCAGUGUCUGUCCACCAGAACCAUGUGAUCCCAAGAGUCCUGCCGCUGUUGUGUAGAACUCUUACAGGCAAGCCAGACUUGAGUGAUAAUAACAGUGUUAUUAUUUUUAGCUAUUUUUAUAUAUAUCUAGUGCUGUACUCAACAAGCAACACCAGAUCAGGAAGACGUAGUGCUUAAAAAGUGAGAGAUGCUUCCAGGUUGAGUUUAAAAAUGUGUCAGGAAAAGAAACAGUGGUAAUCGAGAAUUCAUGUGGAACCAUUUUUUUCUUUUCUUUUUUUCUUUUUUUUUUUCGUUUGACAGUUCGUGGAUACAAAAAGAAAUGUUAUUCUGUAAUUAUGUCACAUUUAUGAAUAUGUACAAAAUGUCUUUACUUUUAGAAAGUUUUGGACUUUUCAAAGAAAUUUCUUAUUGGUCAAAAUGGAGAAUGCGUUCAAUAGAAAUAAUUUGCACUGCUUUGUUUUGUAAAUCUUGUUUUUGCCAAUAAAAACAAACAAACAAA